CAACUUUUCUUAUUCCACCCUGCUCAAAACCUCACAACAGUAACGGUCUUCGCCUGUUGAGUUCUCUCUGCUAGAAUCCGGCCCAUAUACAAUUUCCAGAUCCCCCAUUGUGUUUCCGUUCAGGAAACGCCAUAAAGGCAGCUCCUUUACUGCAAGAUGUAUGCGAAAGCGAAGUUGUUUUCAUCAACAUCUGUGUUUUUGGACUCACAUGAGAAAACCCAUGAUCACAACGGGCUGAAAAACACUAGAGAUAAACCACAGAUGAAUGGGAAAAAGAGUUUUUGGACUGUGUGUCCGUACUGUUACUACUUGUAUGAGUAUGAUGGGGUUUAUGAGGAGUGUUGUUUGAGGUGUCAAAACUGUAGGAGACCCUUUCAUGGGGUCGCAGUGCCACCGCCACCGGUGGGUAUGGUGGUGGAAGGGAAGGAGCAAUAUUAUUGUGGGGUUGGCUGUUUCCCGUUAAGGUACGAUUUUGAAAGUUGCUUGGGUGGCAAGAAAGGGGAAAGUGGUGACGGUGAAUCUUGCUUGGGUGAGAAGAAAGAAGAUGGUGAGGGAUUAAAAAAAGUUACAGAGGAUGUGGUGGAAAUUUCUGACGAUAGUGAUGGUGAUUUUGACAAUCAAGAGGUGGGAGCAGGAGAGAUGGUGAAGAAUGGGGAAACUAAAGGUGUGGGCUUAGGAGAGAUGGUGAAGAACGGGCUUGAGAGCGUCCAUGGGAGUGUGAGAGCUGGUGAAGCAGGAUCUGUGAUGCGGGGGAGUAGGAGAACUGAGAUAAAGAAAGAUGGGAUGAGGGUGAUGAGAGUGAAGACGGUGGCAAGGAACACGAAGAAGCUCUUGGGAACGGGGAAGAAAAAUAUGAAUCUGAAAUCAAAAGGGAAUCUGGAAACACGACGAGAGGAUAGGGGCGCUGAAUUUGGAGAAGGGGCCGGAGAAAAUCGGACAGAAAGUGGAGACAAAAAUAUAUUUGGGGAGGGAUAUUUUGAUUCCUUCGAUGACUUGGAGUUGUUUCUGGGAGAGAAGGAUUUCUUUGUUGGUUGUGAUUAAUGCAUCUUGAUGGCGGAAACAGCAAAGAUAAUCUCUGUGGAGUUGUUAGGAAAAUCAACUUUUGUCUAUACAGUUACAGCAUAUGUAUGAAACAACAAUGGAGCUAUGAAGUUUGGAAAAAUUGGCUGAAUAUUUUCAUAGUUGGAAAGAGAAAUCAAUUAUAAAAUCAGGGCUAUCUUUAUUUCUCCAUAACGUGAUUUGGUCGGAAAGAGACAAGUUAUGCAAUAGUUAUUGACCUUUCUGCUUUUUAACUUUUAUACAUAACAAAGAAGUAGAGGAAAAUUCUUACUUUUGUUCUUUGACUAAAAUUUUCAGUCAUUGACAUCUCAAGAGAAAAAGAAAAAGAUCUAUGGAAUUGGAUGAUUGAGUAUAACUAUUUGGGUUCUCGAUUAAGUUCAUAUCCUGAAAGUUUUAUAUGAAAAGUAGUUGGAUAAUUCAGUUCGCCAUAGAUGUAUGAUAUCUGCUUCUUUUCCAAUGAUAAUGUCUGCAUCUCUAGUGUUAUGAUUUGUUUCUAUUAUGAAUGGCAAUGAUGAUGAAGUGGAUAUUUCUUUUUUGGCACUUGCUUUUCUAGAAUUAUGAUCUUAAAGAUGUAUAUUAUAAAUUAUGACAACCAUAGGUGACUGCAAUUUAAUCAAGUAGCAAAGGCGCGAGAUGCUAGUAGAAGCUGUAUGUUUUUCAAUUCUUUAGGUUGCAGAAUUCUCUGUUUCACUCAUGUAUCUUAUUUAGAAGUAAUGUUGGCCAGAAAGCUCUAGAGCGCAAUUGAAAAUUUGCAGCCGUUGGAAUGAACAUGCUAAGCUCUCAACUAUUUAUUUCCAUGUAGUGUUCUUUGUCUUGUAUGAGAAAUGGUGAUUGACUAGGCCAGGCUUUGAUCCAAGAGUGCUCGAGUGCUUGUUCCAUACACUAAAGCCUCCUGUUAACUUAAGCUUACUGUCAAAUGUGGGAAUGUUUUCUGUGUAUUUUUCAUCUACUGGCCAAUUGUUCUGUGCUUUGUGAUAUAAAGCUGAACGCAUUGUAAAGAAUAUUUUCCUGACAUAUUUUUCAGAAUGAAAUUUUGUUGAUGAUACUUGUUAGAAAUAAGCCUUAGACCUUCACAGACAUAGGAUGCUACAUAAAGGGGAUACAAGAAAACGUUGAUAAUUCAUUCAGAUAACAAGAUCUUGGUGAAGA